UCAAAGAGUGAGUGGAAUGGAGCCCCGCGUGGCUACCAGCUGUUCUACAAGCUCAAAGAGAACCCCGUAUAUGCACAGAUUGAUCUGAAUAUGGACCGUGAUAACCAUUUUCUGAACGGUCUAGAGGAGUGGAUGGAGUAUCAAGUCAGGAUGAAGGCAUAUAAUGAUGUGGGCAGUAGUGGCUAUAGUCCCAUCACCACAGAACGUACUAGAGAAGCAACACCAACGGACAGCCCAAAGAAUGUGAAAGCCAUCCCUGUCUCGUCAACCUCAGUCAAUGUUUCCUGGUCAGAUGUCCCUGCUCUUGACCAGAACGGUCUUAUCUCUGGCUACAAGGUCCAGUAUGAGUCGGCCAUCGAGAACAUUCCUCCUGUGAUGCAAGAUGUGCCGGGAAAUCAAACAUACAGUGUACUGAUUCAGGGCCUACGCAAGUUUGUGUCGUACCAGAUGCAGGUCCUUGCAUACACUCGUAUGGGAGACGGAGUUCUCAGCGUGCCCAAAAAGACUGUCAAAACAAUUGAAGAUAAACCAGGCCCACCAGUGAUUGUGUGGUUUCCUCAGGUUACCUACACAACUGCAAAAGUCCUAUGGAGCCCGCCGCUUGAACCAAACGGUAUUGUUAGUGGAUACAUGGUAUCCUUUCGCAUCAAAAACCUCAACAUCAUCACUAAUAGCUCAGAGCUGCCAUCCACACAGUUUGAGUACACAGUGGCCACACUACAGCGUGAGACUUACUACCUGUUCAGUGUGACAGCCCGUACACAUCUGGGCUGGGGAACACCGGCAGAGGUUCUCGUCUACACCAUGAUCAACCGCA